AUGUCGCAACGGCAUCAUUGCGAUCCUUCAAUACCUCAUGCUCGACUCUCGCAGACAUUAUCUGCUCUCCCACAAUCUCUACCUAUGAACGAUCUCAUUCAGCCUCCGCAAUUGUCUAUCUCUACCCAGAUCCCAUACCACGAUGACCCCGCACACGAUGAGCAUUCGCCCUCCCAGCCACCGGGAUAUGAGCCUAUGUAUGACUACCUGCGAUCACAUCAACGAAUAUCACUACCUCUCCCAGACCGCGAAUGUCCGAAUACCUCAGACCAGUCAAUUCCACAAGACGAAUAUCAUGAUGAGCCGUAUAUCGUAGCGAUCGGUGAUAACGAUACAACACAACCUCCGCCACCUUCUUACAAUGAGCUAUACCGCCAGAAUGAGCAAGAGAUGGAUAGAAUAAUGCGGCAAUUUGAUAUGGAUGGGACACCUGCAGAGCAAACGGAGGAGAUGGUGAAGUGGGUUGUUGCAAUGCUAUUGAUAUGUCUCACGAUAGCGGCAGUGGGAACGGCGUUCAAUUGGGGUCGGCCGAGCUAA